GCUGCGGGGAGUCAGGUUUCAGUGUUUGAGUCCCAACGAGGACUGAGGCUGUCUUUGUCUCAUUUGGAACUGCAGGCAGUCGGGGGGAAAUACGACCGAGCGAGCGAGUGAAGGGGGUGAGCGAGAGUCCGAAACGAGAAAGUGAGUGAGAUAGUGCGAGGCCCCAUCUCUCCUCACCGUUCACUUCUGUCAAUAAGAAGACACGCUUCCCUGAGGAUUUAAUCUUCAUUUUGAGGAUGAUGUCCUGUGUCAGCUUGUGGUCCUUCGCUCUCGUCCUGUGGAAUUGCCACUCAACGACUGCGUUCCUGGAAGAGCGGGGUACCAAAGGCCAGCUGGACCUGACGGAGCUGAUCGGAGUGCCACUCCCCCCAGCCGUAGCCUUCAUUACAGGCUUUGAGGGCUUCCCUGCGUACAGCUUCAGCCCUGGCACUAACGUGGGCCGUCUGGCACGCUCCUUCAUUCCUGACCCCUUUUUCAGCGACUUCGCCAUCAUCGUCACCGCCAAGCCCACCACCCGGAAGGGAGGCGUUCUAUUUGCCGUCACCGAUGCCAUGCAGAAGGUGGUGCACCUCGGCGUGGAGCUGGCGCCGGUGGAGGACGGCACGCAGCGGGUGGUGUUGUACUACACGGAGCCCGGUGCCACCGCCACCCAGGAGGCAGCCUCGUUUAAGAUGGGCGAGCUGACGGGGCGCUGGGCGCGCUUCACGCUGGCCGUGCAGGGCCACGAGGUGCGUCUCUACAUGGACUGCGAGGAGUACCACCGCGUGGCCUUCCAGCGCAGCGCUGGACAGCUCACCUUCGAGCCCAGCUCUGGCAUCUUCGUGGGCAACGCCGGCAACACCGGCCUGGAGAGGUUUGUGGGUUCCAUCCAGCAGCUGGUGUUGACCCCUGAUCCCAGGGCCCCAGAUGACCAGUGUGAGGAGGACGACCCCUAUGCGUCUGGCUAUGGAAGUGGGGAUGACGUGGAUGACACUGAGACCAUGGACGAGGUAAAGAAGCUUGUGGAGGAGAGGGAAUACACCAUGCCAGAGGACUUCCUGACCACGCCCGUCCAGGCUCCGCCCACUGAAGCAUCCUCCGACGAUGAGGACCUUGAGGAAGAGACGUCUGGUCAGGCCAUCGACCUGCCCGAUGAGAGAGCCACAGAACACACUGCCAGAGUGGACACAAGUCACACAGAAACCAGUAUAAAGCCUAGUAUGAAAGGAGAGAAGGGGGACCCUGGCCCCUCGGGUCCUCCAGGCCCCCCCGGGCCCCCGGGCCGCUCCGACCCAGCUUCAGGCACCAGUUCUGGGUCAGGAGACCCUGGCCCCAGGGGGCCUCAAGGACCUUCAGGGCCACCAGGGAUCCCAGGAAUUCCUGGCAAAAAUGGAGAGCAUGGUGUGCGGGGCAAAGAUGGCGACCCUGGACAGGCUGGUCCUCAGGGCUUCCCCGGGCUCCCAGGAGAUGCAGGACCCAAAGGAGAGAAGGGUGAUGCUGGUGUUGGACGUCCUGGACCUCCAGGCCUCCCCGGUCCCCCAGGAAAACCAGCGUCCUUCAAAUACAUGGAUGGCAUCGAAGGCUCUGGGUUUGAGGACAUUGACAGUGACACAGAGGUGGUCAGAGGCCCCCCUGGACCUCCAGGGCCGCCAGGAAAGCCCGGCCCUCCCGGCCCAUCUCAGGAACUCCUUCCUGGGCAGCCAGGACCAACGGGAGCCCCUGGGAGGGAUGGGAAGGAUGGGGAGAUGGGUAAACCUGGCCUACCUGUGUCUGAGGACUGGCUGACUAGUGCAUUCGCCGAGUUUGACCUUGACUCAAGGUCAGAAGCUGGGUCAGGCUCGAGCUGGGGUUCGGGCUCAGGCUGGGGUUCGGUCUCGGGCUCAGGCUCAGACGAGGGGGCUGACGGUCGUCCAGGUGAUCAAGGCCCUCCAGGCGAGAAGGGUGACAUAGGUUUAACAGGAAUUCAAGGACCAAAGGGUGACCCGGGCCUAAGCGGACCUCCCGGCCUCCCAGGACCAGUCGGUCCACAGGGGCCCGCUGGACCGGCCGGCCCAGCAGGCCCUCCCGGACCCCCGGGACCACCAUCACCCAGCUUCAAAUUCAACCUGGAGGACAAUGAGGGAUAUGGGGAGUUUGGGAGCGCCAUGGGAGCAGUGUUACCCAGGGGUCCACCCGGACUUCCUGGACAGCCAGGUGUUAUAGGACUAAAGGGGGAGAGAGGUGCUGAUGGCAAACCCGGUCUCUCUGUGAAGGGGGAACCUGGUGAAAGAGGACCUGAGGGUGAACCUGGAAUACCUGGAUUAUCAGGAGCCAAGGGUCAACCAGGGGAUAAGGGUGAUUCCGGACUGAAGGGCGAACCUGGGAGAGACGGACUCGGCCUCGUCGGACCACCGGGUCCUCCAGGACCACCAGGACCCAUCGUCAACUUUCAGGACUUAAUGCUUAACGACACAGAAGGACUCUUCAACUUCUCAGGGAUCUUGGGGCCUCAGGGACCAGUGGGACCAAGGGGUCUAAAAGGAGAGUCAGGAAUCCCUGGAGUUCAAGGACCUCCAGGCCUUAAGGGUGAGAGAGGAGAGCCGGGGAUCACCAUGGCUGCUGAUGGAUCUCUAAUGAGUGGACCAGUGGGGCCAAAAGGAGUCAAGGGGGAUACUGGAAUGACUGGACCAAGGGGAGAAAUGGGGCCUAUUGGACCUGUUGGACCUAAGGGAGAGUUUGGGCUACCUGGACGUCCGGGUCGCCCUGGGCUAAACGGACUCAAAGGAGACAAAGGAGAGACUAUGUUAAUGCAGGGCCCACCAGGGCCUCCAGGGCCCCCAGGACGACCCGGGAUGUUCAACUGCCCUAAAGGAACAGUGUUUCCGGUCCCCCCACGACCGCACUGCAAAAAAGGCGUGAAUGGGGAUUCUAAUGGAGAGGGCGCUACCUGUCUGUCCACCACUGCCAAAGGACAGAAAGGGGAGAGGGGUGUGGCCGGUAUACCAGGAAUACCUGCCCCUGCAAUCGCUAUUCUUCCUAAGGGAUUCUCGCCAAACAGAGGUGAUCUGGGCUAUGGUGGAGAGAAGGGGGAAAAAGGGGACACUGGGAUGCGUGGUCCACCUGGCCUUCCUGGGAGGUCUGGACUGGUGGGGCCCAAGGGUGAGUCUGUUAUCGGUCCCAGGGGACACCCUGGGCUUCCCGGCCCACCUGGGGUACCUGGUUAUGGGAGAGAAGGACCUACUGGCCCCCCUGGACCUCCAGGGCCUCGUGGACCCGCAGGUUAUGGUUCAGCGGUGGCUAUCCCAGGACCACCUGGUCCUCCAGGUCCCAGGGGGUCGCCAGGCGUCUCAGGGGGCUCCACUGGGGUGAAAACGUACCCCAGUCUUCAGUCCAUGACUCAGAGGUCCUACCUCGAUCUCGACGGCACUAUGUACUUUGUGACUGACACAGGCAGACUGUACCUCAAGGUUCCGGGAGGGUGGAAAGAAAUCCAGCUGGGGAAACUGUUGGAAGCCGAGUCUCCCAUUAUUGUCCCACAAGACGAGGCUCGUCCCCGGCCCCAGAGUCCCGGCUUGAGCAGUGUGCCCCAGAUCUACGAGGGCCAGGCGCUCAAACUAGUGGCUCUGAACACCCCCCUCACCGGUAACAUCGGUUCGCUGACCGCAGCCGACCAGGCCUGCAGAGCCCAGGCCCAGGCCAUGGGCAUCCGAGACCAGUACAGGGCCUUCCUGUCCAACCAUCUGCAGGACCUGGUGGACCUCAUUCACCACCAAUACCGACGCUCCCUGCCCAUCGUCAACCUCAGGGGAGAAGUCCUGUUUGACAACUACGAGCACAUCUUCACCAAGAGCAGCGCUCUUCCACGUGGAAUCCCACUCUUCUCGUUUGACGGACGGGACGUCAUGAGUGACCCCUUCUGGCCCCAGAAGGCCAUCUGGCAUGGCUCAUCUCCUCAGGGCCGGCGUCUGCAGGAGAAGAACUGCGAGUCGUGGCGGGCCGGUGACAUGGCCAUCGUGGGCCAGGCCUCUUUCCUCUACACGGGUCUCCUGAACCAGCAGAGCCGCAGCUGCUCCAACCAGUUUGUGGUUCUGUGCGUGGAGACCAGCCCAGAGCCCAGCUCCUUCCAGGAGGUCCGCAGAGGAACCCGCGCCUACGCUUACUACUACAGGAACCCACUCAGUUCACACAGAUCCUAACUAACUAACUCACACACACACACACACACACACACACACACAUGCUCACACGCUGCCAACACAUCACUUACCACCUUCUUCACCAUUAUCAUCAUCAUCAUCAUCAUUGCCAAUGGCCACUGACUACAGCUCCAAGCGCUCUGGACAAAGGUGUAAAUAUAUGUAAAUGUACUGAUUGCCAUGAUAUCACAACCUAUGACCCCAUGAUCCAUGACAUCAUGCCACAACCCCAGCUCUCUCCUCAGCAUGUGUGUAAACUGCUGAGAUGGUGCUACAGAAAAGUAGGCUGCGGAGAAAGAAGCUCCUCAAAAGCAGCUAUGAGUCUGGCAUUCAGGAAAAGCCCCCAUGGACUCCAUGAUAGAUUACCCUCCUCAAGGUCAAGAUUGUCCUCCUCAAGGUCAAAAAGGCUCCUCUCAUUUGUUUCAUUUUGGUUUGUUUCAUGUUUUGCUUUGUUUUGUUUUUUCUGUUUUGGCCUCCCGGUUCAUGGUUUUGUCUUCACAGUUCAAUGGAGAGUGCUGUUCUUUCACCCUUAACGAAAAAAUACCAGCGUGGAGUCUCCCUAAAGUCAUUUUUAUGCACUGUAGUUUUACUUUUUUUCUACUGUUUGUUUUUCUCAACAAAGGCCUUUUACAUCCAGAAAUAUCUUUUUAUGAGCAACAAAGAUUUCUCUCAGUAUUUAAUUUAAUUUCAAUGUUUUAUUUAUACCGUGACCGCACAUAAUCUGAAUGUCAAAUGAUUUAGGAUAAUUAUGUAAUUUAUAGUUCCACUCGUUCAUAUGGACUGUGGUCCAUUUUGCCUUCUCUUGUUGAUUUGUUUUGUACAGCAUUGGUUUUGAUUAAAUUAGAUCAGCUUUUUUUAUUUAAUUAAAUGACAUGACUGCAUUUGUUAGAAAUAUUCCUCCCAAGAAUUAUGAACUUCAGAGAGAGAAAGGUUACUUUUUAAUGUAAAAGAGUAUUUAACAACAUAUGAGAGGGAGAUUAUGUUUUAUACAUGAACUGGUGCCUGUUGAAUAAAUGUUUUUUUCCAGA